AUGUCUCAAUUAAAGGUUGAUAAUGGGCCUUUGUCCCACGUUGCAAACAGUGGACCGAUCUCCAUUGGUGCAUAUUGUUUUUCAUCUAUUAUGAUGACAGUGACUAAUAAGUUUGUUGUCAAUUUGAAAGGGUUCAACAUGAAUUUCGUCAUGUUGUUUGUGCAAGCUGCCGUUUGUGUGAAUUUGCUAUUUUUCCUAAGACUGUUGGGUUAUGCCAAGUUUAGACCUUUGAACAGAACUGAUGCGAAGAACUGGUUCCCAAUCACCAUUUUCUUGGUCUUGAUGAUCUACACAUCUUCCAAGUCUUUGCAAUACUUGGCUGUUCCAAUCUACACCAUUUUCAAAAAUUUGACCAUUAUCUUGAUCGCUUACGGUGAAGUUUUGUUCUUCGGUGGGAGCGUGACCGCUAUGGAAUUGUCAUCUUUCUUGUUGAUGGUUCUUUCAUCCGUGGUUGCUACUUUGGGAGAUCAACAAGCUCUUAAGAAGACCGCAGACGCAGGCGCUUCUCUUUUCAACAUCGGUUACAUGUGGAUGUUCAUUAACUGUUUGUCUUCUGCGGCAUUCGUUUUGGUGAUGAGAAAGAGAAUUAAGUUGACCAACUUCAAGGAUUUCGAUACCAUGUUCUACAACAAUAUCUUAUCCAUGCCUGUUCUAUUAGCCUUAUCUUUCCUAAUGGAAGAUUGGUCCACUGAAAAUUUGACCAAAAACUUGAGUAGAGAUUCCGUCACUGCUAUGAUUAUCUCUGGUAUGACUGCCGUCUGUAUCUCAUACUGUUCCGGUUGGUGUGUCAGAGUCACUUCUUCCACAACUUACUCAAUGGUUGGUGCUUUGAACAAGUUACCAAUUGCUCUUUCCGGUUUGAUCUUCUUUGACGCUCCAAAGAACUUCUUAUCCAUCUUUUCCAUCUUUUUGGGCUUCUUGUCCGGUAUUGUCUAUGCUGUCGCAAAACAAAAGAAGCAACAAAACCCUCAACCAUCGGCUCCUAUUAAAUAA